AUGCCUACGACCGUCCACAGAAACCUGCUGUUGACUGGCGACACGCUGUUUCCUGUAUCACAGGGUCCUACAUCUUCGAGUGAUGAAACUCAUUCGGUUCCGAUGCUGGGCUACGACGAUUCAGACACCGAAUAUCCCAUCGACGUUUACUAUCGCUACAUUCAUCCUGCUCAUCCAUUCCUCCUGCCUCGGAGACUCUUCCUGCAGAACCGGUCGAUAUUUCCAGACCAUCUCAAGAACGCCAUGUGUUUUAUCGCCAGUCACCAUUUGGCUAACGGCUCCUCGGAGGUCUACGAGAUGAAGAGCAACUUCAUCUUCGACCCAACGAUCCCAGACGAUGGCUUUAAGGUUCAAUCUCUGAUACUCGUCACUCUGGUAUCCUACGCCCGGUUCGAACGCGAUAAAGGCACCCGAGCGCUCACCACAGCCAUUGAUCUUGCUCUAAGGCUUGGACUGAACUCGAGCGAUUUUGCCAUCGGCCAAGAUUCAGUUUUUCAAGAAAGCUGGAGGCGUACAUGGUGGGAGCUGUACACGAUAACAGGCCUAAUCUCGCUGAUCGCAGGACUCAACCUGAGGUUGAGCCAACCGCCCCAGAUGAAGCUCCCCACGCAUUGCGAAGAAUACGAAACUGGGCAAGGGUUCCACGUCAAGACGGUGCAAGAUAUGCAACAGCGUUUUACCGAGGAAACUAACUUCAAGUGGUCCUCCUUCGCCUACCGGAUCGAAGCCAUGCGGAUAUUAAGCAAUGUGCUAGAAUUGGCAAUGUCGCCGCAGCCUCAAGCGGACGCGGUGAACGCCUCGAUCUCCAGCUUCCUGCUCUCCUUGCCAGAGGAAAAGCGAGAAGGAAUGAAGGACGACGGCGAGACAGACGAAGUCAUGUCCUGUGCGCUCAUGAUUGUGCACCUCGCAAGCAUCUGUCUGCACCUCCCUCGAUCCAGUUUGGCCGGAAUCCGUGGUUUCAAGACCGUCUGUGGCAACGACCGUGGCAAGGUAGUCGCGGAGGAAAGUAAAGUCCACCAUCGCGCAGCACUCCGAUCUGCAAAGGCAUUGUCUGACUUAAUCACAUCGAGGACGACCUUGAGGACGCUUUCUCCCUGCUUCUCCUGUGCUAUUGCAUUUGCCGCCGCCGUCCAAUUGGCGGAGUGCCUGCUCAACAAGUCGCCGCAGGCGCAAAUACUGAAAGAAUACGUGCAGCUCGAACUCAGUGCGUUGAAUGUCCUUGGUGAGACGUGGCCUAUCGCGCUAGUCGUUCGUUCACAGCUGGCCCAGUUCUCGCGCGAGGUUCUCGGCUACCGGAUUCAACCUCCCGCCACUGAAGAAAAUUGCCAGGAGGCCAUGUCCUCGCAAAUGGCUUCAGACCCGACGAUUUCCGACGAGCCGUGGCUGCAAGACCUGAUUAGUGAGGACUUGGACUUCUCGGCAGACGGCUUCCUGUUUGCAGGUCCAAAUCAAUGA